UCUUCCUCCUUCCCUCCCUCCCUCCCUCCCUGCCUCCACGUCACGCCCAGCACCACGAUGCGGUUCAUUCCGUGGACAUUUCGAGGAAGCCCGUCGAUUUAAGGAGAGGAGAAGCCUGUGCAACGGAAGCCAAGCGGCACGGUCAGCUGACGGCCAGGGAAGGAAGAAAGGGAGGGAGGGAAGGAGAGAGAGAGAGAGAGAGAAAGAGAAAGCCGGCCGUUGGCGGAUGCCUGUCCUUGGCGGGGCGGCGGUGGCGGCGGCGGGGUCUCCGCUGAGGCUGCUCUUCUCCUUCCUCCUCCUCUCCCUCCUCCUCCUCCUGCCGGGAUGCUCCUCCGCCCGCUAUGAGCCCACCUGGGAGUCCCUGGACUCGCGUCCGCUCCCGGCCUGGUUCGACGGCGCCAAGCUGGGCAUCUUCAUCCACUGGGGGCUCUUCUCCGUGCCCAGCUUCGGGAGCGAGUGGUUCUGGUGGUAUUGGCAGAAAGAAAAGAGAGAAGCCUAUGUAACAUUUAUGACAAAAAACUACCGUCCUGGAUUCACAUAUGAAGAUUUUGGCCCAUUGUUUACAGCUGAGUUUUUUGAUGCCAACCAAUGGGCAGACAUUUUGAGUGCUUCUGGUGCCAGAUACGUUGUCUUGACUUCAAAACACCAUGAAGGUUUUACUUUGUGGGGAUCGAAAUAUUCAUGGGCUUGGAAUGCUGUUGAUGUUGGACCAAGGCGUGACAUUGUGGCCGAGUUAGCAUCAUCCAUUAGAAACAGGACUACCUUACACUUUGGGCUAUACCACUCCCUGUUUGAAUGGUUCAAUCCUCUCUUUCUUGAUGAUGCUGCCAGCGUGUUCACGAAAAAUCAGUUUCCAUGUCACAAGACGCUCCCAGAGUUGUAUGAAAUUGUGAACAAGUACCACCCAGAGAUCCUGUGGUCAGAUGGAGAUGGGGAUGCUCCAGACACCUAUUGGAACAGCACUGGCUUCCUAGCAUGGCUUUAUAAUGACAGCCCUGUUCGGGACAAAAUAGUUACAAAUGAUCGCUGGGGAGCUGGCACUAUUUGUAAACAUGGAGGAUAUUAUACUUGCGCUGAUCGCUACAAUCCAGGACACCUUUUGUCUCAUAAAUGGGAAAACUGCAUGACAAUUGAUAAGCAGUCGUGGGGAUACCGUAGGAAUGCACAGUUGAGUGAUUACCUGACGGCUGAAGAGCUCAUUAAGGAACUUGUGGAAACAGUAUCAUGUGGGGGAAAUCUCUUGGUGAAUGUUGGGCCCACUCACGAUGGUCGUAUUCCUGUCAUUUUUGAAGAGCGCCUGAGACAGAUGGGGACCUGGUUGGCAAUAAAUGAGAAUGGCAUUUUCAACACUCAACCUUGGAGAGCCCAGAACGAUAGUUCCACCCCAGGAGUAUGGUACACUUUCAAACCAAAUGAAGAUACUGUAUAUGCCAUUUUUUUGAACUGGCCAACUUCAGGAACUCUGUUGCUUGGUGAACCAAGGGGUGUUCUUGGGAAGACAAAGGUGACAUUGCUAGGAUAUACAGAAUCAUUGCCAUGGUUUUCUUUAGUGAAAAAAGGAAUGGUAGUGGCUAUACCUCCGUUGUCAUUUAUGAAGUUUCCACAUCAGUGGGGCUGGACUCUAGCACUGACUCACGUUUCUUAGUCAACAACAGAAUUUUAACUAUAUUAAGACUUUUUUGUGGAUAAUCAAUCCCCCAUCACUGUUGGGUAUGUGCAUGGGGGGGGGGGGGUGGUAGGGUCAAGAUGAUUAAUAUGAAAUAGAAAAGAUGUAAUGCAUUGAUCUUGGUCCAUAAUCAACUUUUCCAGACACCUUUCAAAGUAAACCCUUAUGAAGUACUUACAGCACAUAUCAAGAAUGGCAAGGUAAUGGAAUUAAAACAAUAGUAUUCUUGAAUUUUAGAGGUUCACAAAAGAAGUAAAAAAGUCAAUUUUGCAUAGUGUUGGGAUUGCUGCAGAAUUUUAGACAAAAGAGUUAGGAUACAAUUUCUCCCCUGUUGUGUCUCAAAAUAAACUGGGUGCACUUCAUGCUUUGUAUGUCGAUGCAUAGAUUUUAGUUUCUUAAAAAAUAAAUAAAAACCAAGCGCUCAUAGAAUCCUAUCCUUGUCUACACAGAAGCUAAAAUUUUCAUGAGGUUCAGUGGAAUUUGCUCCUGUGUCUGUCUGUUAUUGCAACCUUAAUCUUGUCAAAAAAGCAAUGAGAUUUAAUCACACUUAACUACCUUCAUCAAUUGAAAUAAAAGCUAUAGAACCACAAGGUAGAGGGAUCCAUAGGGGCAUGUAGCCCAGCUCCUGUCAGAAUACACAACCAAAGCACCCAAGAGAUGCCCAUUCAAACCACAGUUGAAAACUUCAGAAGGUAGAUCCCCCAUUCUCCCAGGCCAUCUAGUCCAUUAUGGAACAGCACUUGCCACCGGGUUUGUCUAAAGUUUAGUUUGGGGGUGGGUAAGCUGAAUCUGCUAGUCGGUGUUCUAAUUCCUGGAGCAGCAGAAAACAGGGCUGCUCCAUCUUCUAAAAGAAACCUCUUCAAAUAUUAAAGAUAGCAUAUCACCUCUCUGUUCGCCAAGCUGUACAUAUCCAACUCCUCAUAUGGCUUGGUUUCAGAUAUUGUACCAUGUUACUCCACCUCUGGACACAUUUCAGUUUGUCAAUAUCCUAACUUGAAUGAUGAUGCCUAGAAAUUGAUACAGUAGUCCAGAUAAGAUGUGAUGAAAGCUGAACAGUGGGAUUGUAAUUUCCCUCAAUCUAGACUGUGCUCUCACUGCAGUCUAGAAUUGCAUUGGCCUUUGAAACUAUUCCAUCACACUUGUCUCAUGAUUAAGCAUGUGGCCAGACCGACAAUACUUUUUACAUGUACAGCUGCCAAGCCAGGUGUUACCAAUCCUGUAUUUGUGCAUUUCAGUUCUGUUAUUUAUCACAUUAGAUCCUCCUAUUAAUUUGGUAUCAUCUGCCAACUUGAUAAGUAUGUGCUUUAUCCCAUCAAACAGAACUUACUGGUACCCUAGUAGUCACAUCACUCCAGGCUGAAGAGGAAGACUUUCGGUUCAUUUGUCAACCAAUUGCAAUUAUCUUAAGAGGAGCAGGGUCUAGCUGAUGCUUUAUAAUUUUUUAAGAGAAUAUCUAGGGGACUGAAUUAGAACUAUAUUAGAAAGUCAGUGGAAUAAGCACUGUGUGUAAAGUUGUCUAACAAUGGCAGCUAUCGUACACAAGUUACAAUUUCUUUGCACAUGCUAGUUGCUGUAGCCCUGGAUUUUCAAGUAAGAAUUUCAAUACAUCUUUUGUACAGCUCAUCUGGUUUGUGAUGUUUUCAAGACUUUUUUAUAAUGUUGAUGAUUUGGUCAUGUAUGCUCUUAAACAAGAGUAAGAACAAUUGAGCACUGGAACUAUGCCCUCAAAACUGAAAUGUUCUUCUGUGAACAAAUAUGGUAUAUCAAAGCAAGGCAUAAAAAAAUUAAACACUUCUUUUGGGGUUUUGAAAUGACCUGUAUUUCUUUUCUUACAAAAAUUAAACACUUUAUUUUUCCCAUUGCAAAAAAAUAAAAUAAAAAACAAAAAACUCAUAAA